AUGACUUUCGAUUCCAAGACUAGCUCAGAAGAAGUAGCACAGGCCUUUUCUUCGGAAAUCAAAGGCAAGGUUUUUCUCGUUACUGGUGCCACUUGGGGAGGAAUUGGUGCUGAUAACGCCCGAGUCCUCUCUGGUCAUGGUGCUAAGCUGGUUAUUGUUACUGGUCGUAGUCAAUCUAAGUUGGAUGAGACCAUUGGCAAUAUCAAGAAGGAGAACCCCAAUGCUAACAUUCGCGGCCUUAUCUUAGACCUUUCUUCUUUCAAGUCUAUCCGAAAAGCCGCUGAGGAGGUCAACAACUACUCAGAAAAUAUUGAUGUUCUCAUCAACAACGCCGGAGUCAUGGCAUGUCCCUACUCCAAGACCGAGGACGGGUUUGAAUUGCAGUUCGGCACCAACCACCUUGGUCAUUUCCUGUUCACCAAUUUGAUUCUCAAGAAGAUUUUGUCUUCUCCCCACCCCAGAGUAGUCAACUUGAGCAGCAUGGGGCACGGUCUUGCACCUAUUAUCUUUGGAGACAUUGGCUUUUCCGACGGUGCUACAUAUGAAAGAUUCCAUGCGUACGGACAAUCCAAGACAGCCAAUGUGUUAUUUUCCAGAGAACUCAGUCGAAGAUACAAGAGCCAAGGUUUGGUAUCCUUCAGCGUCCAUCCAGGAGCCAUCAUGGAUACCAACCUCGGCCGACACAUGAACUUUGACGGCGACAUCAACAAUAUUGGAAUUCCAAAAGAUUACUGGGGAACCGACGAUUUCUACCACGACAUGGCCAAUGUGAGAAUGAAGAACGUCACUCAAGGAGGAGCCACGACCUUAGUUGCCGCCCUUGACCCCGCAAUUGCAUCUCAAUCUGGAGCGUACCUCGACGACUGCCAAAUCCAUGAAGACUUCUGCCGAAACCACGCCAAACAGCCCAACGAUGCAUUCAAGCUCUGGAACCUCAGCGAAGAACUCGUCGGACAGAAGUUCUAG